UUCAGUUGAGAAAGAAUUUAUUUUUUACAGGAAUUUGUAAUGUUUUAAACAUAUUUUUAAGAAAAUGAUUUUUAUUCGUAUGCUGACAUCGAGUUUGAUUCUGACUCUUCACGGAUAUGGCGUACAAGGGGGUUUCGAGUGGCACAAUGUUGCCGCAUUUAAGCCAGUCACUAGCGAACCUUUGAACGCAACAUGUGGCGACCAAUCCAAGAAGGAAACGCCCUCGUUUUGCACACGUACAAGCGGUUGUGAGAUUUGCUUAGCUGAUUGUCCUCACGGGACAGAUAAUGAGGUCCCGUUGCAUAAUGACAUCAUUGGAGUACUUGCCCGGGAUCAACCCGACUUCUUUAAGGAUGUCCCGUCUGACAAAUGUGCAAUUGGUUCGCCAAAUUCAUCACCUUGCAUCACGCUAGUUGAAGACAAGUUUUGUCAGAUCAAAAACGAUACAUUUCCAGAAUUAUACAAUGAGAUUGAAGACCUAGCGUAUGGUCUGACAGUUUAUAUCAAACCUGUUGAUUACACAUUUUCUGGUACAGAUUACAGAACGUUAGUGACAUUGAGCGGCACAGUUGAAGGAUCAGUCUCCAGCGAGGUAUUACACCUAGGAAUCAACAAAUCAGGGGCCUUGUAUUUGGUGCACCUUGGGCGUUCGAUUCCUGUCUCAAACUCAUUGGUGAAAGAUGAGUGGACCUUCGUAGCAAUCCAGGUCUACAGGAAUCACGUCAGUUUGUUCCUCAAUGGGAUUCAUGUCAUAUAUGACAAUAAGGCAACAUAUGGCAAUGUCACACUACAUCACUUCAGUGUGGGGAAAAGUGAAGCAGGUGACGAGGUAUUCCAUGGUGGAAUACAGCAGCUGAGAAUAUAUGGGAAGACCCCCACUAACAAGGAUAUUGCAACGUUUGCAAAUAAUAAGUGGAGACCUUCAAAUACGACAAUGUGCAGAUGUCCCGAGGCUUUCCCAGAAGAGUGGGAUGCAAGCGGCUCUCAGUAUUGUCGAACUAAUAACUUCAUCAUCCAAAGAGGAAGCUACGUCAGAAGGGAUACCGUAUCUUAUGCCACGUGGAUCUCACAAAUUUAUGUGACUUUUCAGAACAAUUCGAUUGACAUAGGCAUUGAUCUCGAACAAUCAGUUGAGGUACAGCACAUUGAGCUAUCGACAUACUCCGGCCUUUUCAUGGACCUACUUCCUUUACGGAGCCUUGUGGUAGAAAAGCGAACUACACCUGGCAUAGGACCUUGGCAAACCUGGCAGUACUACUCUAAAUCGUGCCUACAGGACUUCAACAUUAAGCCUGAUCAACCACUUCAAACUGAUACAGAUGUUAUUUGUAAAGAUCUCAGUAAAACAAGCUAUAGUCGUUCGAUAAGGUUUGAACUGAUAGACCAAGAACGAGCUGGUAAUGAUACAUCGAAGUUAACUGAAUCAUUGGCCACGUUCAUAAGAGCUGGAGAAAUACGAGUACAUAUGGCACUUGCUAGUGAAUUCCUGAACAUUACUGCUGAGAUCAAACAAAUUGUUGGCAUUCUGGAGUUCAAAGUUAUAGCCAGGUGUUUCUGCAACGGUUAUGGCGACACCUGCAAUACGACGCAAACACCAUACGUUUGUUCGUGUACAUCUAUUUCAAACAGAACGGGACUGCAGUGCGAAAAGUGUAAGUUUGGCUUUUACAUGAAAAAUAAUUCGUGUAUUCCGUGUCCAAGCUGUAACGUUGCUGGUGUAGUGAAAACAGAAACAUGCGACAGGGUAACUGGCCAAUGCCCAUGUAAGGCUAACUUUGAAGGUUUACUCUGCGACCAAUGCAAAAAUAAAGGUUGCUCCUGUCCUAGUAAUUUACAAGGAGUAAACUGUGAUUCCUGCAAGCCAGGGUAUUUCAACUUCACCAAUGACAACCCAAAUGGAUGUGAAGCUUGUAAUUGUGAUCCCCAUGGCUCUGUCAAUAGUGGAUCAGGAGUAUAUGAGUGCGAUGCUUCUACUGGUUAUUGCCCAUGCCUUGCUAAUGCACAUGGUGCAAAAUGCACGAAAUGCGACGAUGGUUAUUAUUGGGAUGAUGGAUGUAAACCUUGCCAAUGUCAUACGCCAGGAACAAUUGCCCAAAGUAGGAUUUGCAAUGUCACAAGGCAAUGUCUUUGUAAGAGACACGUAUCGGGGAUGAGGUGCGACUCAUGUGAUGACAUGCACUGGAAGCUGUCCCUUUCCAACGCUGAUGGGUGUCAACCAUGUAACCACUGCUACAACAAGGGAACCGUGCAACAUAGGGGAAUGAGUAGAUGUCACAAAACAACAGGGCAAUGUGAGUGUGAGGAAGCAGGAGCUAUGGACAGGGCAGGCUAUUAUUGUAGGCCGUAUGUGACGUCAAUCGUGCCUCUUUAUGGCCCUGUGGCAGGUGGAACAAACAUCACCAUAAGUGGAGCGCACUUUGGUUCGGAAAACGCGACGGUGAACAUUGGGGGCAAGGCAUGCUUAGUAUUCAACAUGACAGCAAUCGAGUUACAUUGUACCAGCCAAGAGUUUGAUUCCUCUGGGAAGAUUGGAGAAAAUGAUGAAUUUCCACAGGAGUUAGUGAUAACUCUUGCAGAUGGAAUUACCCUUCCAAAUAAUCACACGAAUUUCACCUACAAAGGUAACCCGGAUAUAGAAGGUUUUUGGCCGCGUGAACUUUUUGAAAGCGGGGGAUCAAAUGUGACGGUGCGGGGAAAUAACCUUGACUCUGUACACCAAGUCAUUAUGAAAAUAAUCAUGGUUUAUAAAGGCGAGGAAACAGUUUUCGAACAGUUAUGCACUGUCGUAAAUAGCGAUCUCCUAGAAUGUCCAUCGCCGAAGAUUGUAAUCCCCGAUGAUAUCCGCAAUGACAACAGUACGGGAAACAAAAGUGUCAACAGUGACAAUGUCAACUUCUUCUUUGGCUUUACGUUUGACGGGUUUGCAAAAUACGACAAUGCUAGUGAAGCCUUAGGUGAAAAUGGUACAGCGGAGAUAUUUCAAAACCCCACAAUAGAACGUUACACUUCAGUUGAGGAGUUUUAUCCUGGACAGAAUAAGCUCAUUUAUAUAUGGGGCAAGAACCUGUUGCCAGCUUCAAAUAUAGGAGACUACAAGGUUAUUCUUGGAGAUGGAAUCCUGUGUAAAAAUGUCAUUAUUGAUACCACUGGUGAUUUUUUGACUUGCGAGCCACCCGUCAAGCUACAUUCCAAAGAUGCUGAUGUAAGAGUUCAGGUUGAAGCACCUGUACGGUUCUUUAACACCGAAACGAACUCAUCAUUCGUUGGAUUUCUUCGAUAUAUGGUUGACGUUGGCACGACUGAUAAAACAAAUCCAACUACGAUUGUUGCAAUUUCUGUAGGAUCCUCAGUUGGUUUAAUUGUUCUUCUGAUAUUGUUACUCGUUGGUCUCGCUUGUCGAUAUAAAGUAAAUCAGAAACGGAAAGCUUUAUAUACGGACUCAAACGGUUCCCAAGGUGCCAUUUCAGUUACAAUAUGGAACAUACUAGGGGAGCAACUUUCAGAGGAAGUGAAGCUUGCGCAAAUUGACGAAAAGAGACUUGACGUUUUUUCCAUUAGUUUAGGAGAAGGUUAUUUUGGACGAGUGUUUAGGGGAAUGUUGUAUGAUGACAGGAGACAAAAACGAGAAGAUGUUGCAGUAAAAACAAUAAAGGAGCGCGGCGCUGACUCCACAGAGAGCAUACGAAACUUCAUCAAGGAGGCCAUCAUUAUGAGGGAGUUUGACCACGUCAAUGUGCUCUCCUUGCUCGGUAUUGUCGUGAAGGACGAUGGGCAUGCAAUGAUUGUGCUGCCUAUUAUGUCCAAUGGUGACCUCAAGAAGUUUAUAAGUUCUCCAGAACAGCGGUUCACUGUUGGGGCGCUGAUAGGUUUUGGGUUGCAAGUUGCUAGAGGGAUGGCAUAUCUUGAGCUGAAACGAUUCCAGCAUGGGGACCUAUCAGCUAAAAAUUGCAUGGUUGAUCAAAAUUGGAUAGUCAAGAUAGCAGAUUUUGGACUUGCACACGAUCUAUACACUGACGACUAUUAUCGUCCAGAAGACGGAAGCAAGCCACAACCGUUCAGAUGGCUCGCUAUAGAAUCAAUAAUUGAGAGUAAAUAUACCAUCAAAAGUGAUGUGUGGUCAUUUGGCGUUGUAUUCUGGGAGAUCUUGACACGUGGUUGUACCCCAUACUCCUACAUUGGUAAUGGAGAACUGAAGAACUUCCUGCUCUCUGGAGGUAGACUUGACAGGCCCGCAUACAGCCCCGACGAGUUGUGGGUAUUGAUAUCUGGAUGUUGGCAGGAAGACCCGCAACGUCGACCAUCAUUCUCAGCCAUAGUAUCUUCUAUAGAAAGAUUGCUUACGGCAGCUGGCAUUCCCGACAAUGUUUCAAUAUCUUCGGGAACUACAGAAAGAGGUGGUACAGAUGGUUACUUGGUGGACUAUUUGAGACUAAAAACGGAGGCAAAAAAUGGCAAACGCUCCAAGAGAUCAACAAACGUAAAUAGACAGCGUGGGUUCGAUAAUCCAACACCAAGCGAUUCGGCUAGUUACCCAGUUGAUGCAAGGUCCUACAUGAAUGAUCAAAUGCUAGCUAAUCAAGGUUUUAAUCCUAUUGAUUCUACGCGUAAAAGAGAUGACCACAUACAAGACUAUCAAGCUGGUCCAACGAGCAAUGGAAAUGAUCUGAUGCUCGAUAAUUCAGCGAAUUACAAACUUGAUGAUAGGUUCCAUAGAAAUAAUCCAUCCCAAGCCAAGCAAGUCCGUUAUGCACCUGAUACCAGGGCCAGUGGGAAAGAUACAAGUCAACACGAUCUACGCAGAAUACACCGUUCCAACCAAGCAGACGCUUUCAAGUCAAGAACAAAUCCCACGCUGGCCGCCAACCAACAGAUGGAGAUGGGAUACCUAAACCCGGUAAUCCAUUCGUCGAGAGUAAAUUGA